AGAGGAGGAAGGCCCUAGAAACGACGACGUAUGCUAUCAUCCUCUUCAUUCCUUCUGUGUAUGUGACUUUUUCUCUUCUUUUCGCCUUUUCCUUUUCCCUCUUAAAGAACAAACGCAACGAAGAAGGAAUGAAAGAAACCGCUUCGCUUUUUCCGCCUAUCGAAGAACAACAUCACAAGCGUAAAGUGGAUCUUGAUUCUCUCAUUCAUCUUAAAGCUCCGCCCAUCUUCAUGUUCUAUUCUCACUCUAGUUUUUCUCAUUCCGCUUUCCAAUGGGUUGUUCUCAAUCCAAGAUCGAAAAUGAAGAAGUGGUUUCUCGGUGUAAGGAUCGUAAGAUGUUCAUGAAAGAUGCUGUCACCGCCAGGAAUGCAUUUGCUGCGGCUCAUUCUUCUUAUGCCAUGUCCUUGAAGAAUACCGGCGCUGUUUUGAGUGAUUACGCUCAUGGUGAAGGCCCGCCUGCUCCCUCGUCUCUCCCUGGCUCCUCUGUUGUUCAAUCGGCUGCUGCCGCGGGUUAUAAUAGCUUGCCUCCACCGCCGCCUCCACUUCCUGGUUCCCCUGGUAUGCCGCUUGAAAUAAAGGCGUCGAAGGUUGAACCGAAGCGUGUGGAGCCGGUUAUUCAGGAGGUGGAUGAGAAUGAUUUUGAGAUUGAAUGUUCCGUUGGUCCACUGCGGAGGAGGAGAAGCAAUAGAGACGGUAGUGGACGUGGCGGUAGAGCUGGUCCUGGGGAGCUUGCGGAAGAAGAAAACGGUCCGCCUCCGCCAUUUCCACCUUCGAGCGAAAACCGUCGUGUUCCCGUACCGUCGCCUCAGGAUUCGACCUACGAUUAUCUGUUCUCGGUUGAUAAUAUGCCAGCUCCGACGUUGAGCGGGGUCGAGGAUUUUGGCGCUAAUACGGAAACGGUAGAACGGAGAGCGGCGACGGAGAAAUCCGGGGAAGAACCGCCGUCAUCUUCGGCGGGGAAAACGUCGAAGAAGAUGAAGCAAGUAGGUUAUCCAGGUUCGAGCGAGGGUAAAAGGAUCGUUAAAGGGAGUAUUAAUCUGCUACAGAUCUUCAUGGAGCUUGAUGAUCAUUUUCUUAAAGCCUCUGAAAGUGCUCACGAUGUUUCGAAGAUGCUGGAAGCAACUCGACUUCAUUUCCACUCAAAUUUUGCCGAUAAUCGAGGACAUAUCGAUCAUUCUGCUAGAGUGAUGCGUGUUAUAACAUGGAACAGAUCAUUUAGAGGGUUACCCAACAACGAUGAUUUGAAUGAUGGUUUUGAUACAGAGGAGAACGAAACUCAUGCCACUGUAUUGGAUAAAUUGCUCGCUUGGGAGAAGAAACUAUUUGAGGAAGUGAAGGCAGGUGAAAUCAUGAAGUUUGAGUAUCAAAAGAAGGUUGCUGCACUCAACAAACUUAAGAAAAAGGGCUCCAAUUUUGAAGCAAUCGAGAAAGCUAAGGCCACUGUCAGCCAUUUGCACACCAGAUACAUUGUGGACAUGCAAUCGAUGGAUUCCACUGUCUCUGAAAUCAACCGCAUUCGUGAUGAACAAUUGUACCCUAAACUUGUUCACCUUAUCAAUGGAAUGGCUAGUAUGUGGGAAACCAUGCAUUUUCACCAUGGUAGCCAAUUGAAAGCUGUGGCUGCUCUUCGAAUGCUGGAUAUCUCUCAAUCGCCAAAGGAAACAAGUGAUCAUCACCAUGAACGAACAGUGCAGCUUUGGGCUGUGGUGCAAGAGUGGCACUCUCAAUUGGAGAAGCUUGUAAACCGUCAAAAAGAUUACAUCAAAGCACUCUCAAAUUGGUUGAGAUUGAAUCUGAUCCCUACUGAAAGCAGCUUGAAGGAGAAGGUUUCUUCUCCUCCAAGGGUUCGCAGCCCUCCAAUUCAAAUUCUCCUUCACGCUUGGCAAGACCAUCUCGAGAAGCUCCCCGACGAGGUCCUAAGAAACGCCAUAUUCACUUUUGCAACUGUGAUUCACACCAUUAUGCAAAGCCAGGAGGAAGAGAUGAAGUUGAAGCUAAAAUGUCAGGAGACCGAGAAGGAGCUUGCCCGGAAAAGUAAGCAAUUCAAGGACUGGCAGAAGAAGUAUGUGCAACGGAGAGGUUCAAAUGCCGAUGAAGUGGACAUGGAAGAACCUGCCGACAAAGAUGCCAUUGCAGAGCGGCAAGCUGCAGUAGAGGCCGUGGAGAAGAAGCUGGAGGAGGAAAGGGAAGAACACCAAAAACUAUGCCUCCAUGUAAGGGAAAAGUCUUUGGGGAGCCUAAAAAAUCAGUUGCCAGAGCUUUUCAGGGCAUUGUUCGAGUUCUCUCUUGCUUGUUCACGCAUGUAUAGGCACUUGAAAUCAAUAUCACAGCCAAUGCCCAAUGGGCCACAAAAUCAAACAACAACACAAGGAUGAACACAGAGACAGCAAGUUAAAGGUGCUUUUCUUGAUUCUUCUUGCUGCUGCUUGUCAUAUAAACUUAUACUAAAGUAACAUAACACUAUAAAACAUUAUAAUUACAUACAGAACUAUAACGUGGGCUUCAAGUUUGGUACCAAAAAUGAAGUAAUUGGAGACAGACAGAUAGACAAUGAAAAGAAAGCCAGUUUUUACUUUCUCUUGUUUUGUUUUAAUUUAUGUUUAUUACUAACUAAUGCGUUGUUUAGGUUAAUUAAAGAAUAAUUGUUUGUAUAAAUGUUGGAAACAAAUAAUUGUCUUCUUUUUCUAAAGUAACAAUCUACAUAACAUGCCACGUUUGUAACAGUACACAUAGUUGCAUAAGUUCCUCUGUUUGGGAAGCUUAUGAUCAACACCAUUCAUCACAUCAUAAUUAAUGUCAAAGAAAAAGAAAACUUUCAUUUAAUUCACCUGAUUUCAACACAAUUCUAACCCACCAACACAACAAAUUUAAAAAACCAGAGCCUAUCCACAUAUCUCAUCUAUACGUAACUUACAAGUUUUGUGUAUAUAUGUAUGAAUUUAUACAAAUAUUUCGAAAGUUAAACUAUGUUGGUUUUUGCUUUUGAUGUUGUGGACCGACUAACCCAUUUAUAAUCUCCUUGAUGAAAUCUACAUUUGAAAGAACCUGGGUGAGUCGUCGGCGAGCAAAUACACUUGUAUCCACCGCCACUUCUCUGCUGCCGGACGGCCUCUUCCACCGCCGCUACAACCGACCUUCCGUGGCUGGCGAAGCUGAAGGCGGUGGGUCUGUGAAAGGGAAGGGUUGGAUAACACAUUUUUUUUCUUUUUUCUUUUUUUUGUUUAAGACGGUUUGUAAAUGAUGGCUAAAAAGGGGAGGAAGAAAGAAAGAAAGAAAGUGUUUGAUUAUUGGAAUUAAUAUGGAAGAAUGAAUAGGAAGGGAAGGUGGGAGAGUUAUCUAAAAAGAGAGGAAGGCCUUUCUUGUUGCCAACACUUGGCGAUUUGGCACAUGAAACUUUGGAAUGAUGUGUUUGCUGCUGAUUCAGAGGCUUACAUUUUCACCCAACUUGUAUGUUGUUUUUAUGUGCACUAACUAUACGGGAAACCUAACAUCUAAUCUAUACUUACUUGCCAUGAAA